GCGAUCAACACGAAGAAAGAUCUUAAUCCAUGGGAGAGAACUGAGAACAUUUCACUCUGUCUCAAUUCUGCAAAGGCAAUUGGCUGCACCGUCGUCAACAUUGGAACUCAAGACAUUGCUGAAGGAAGACCACAUCUCGUACUUGGGUUGAUCUUUCAGAUUAUAAAGAUUCAAUUGUUGUCUGAUCUCAAUCUCAAGAAAACUCCACAACUUGUUGAGUUGGUGGAAGAAAAUCAGGAUGUGGAGGAGCUUAUGGGACUAGCUCCUGAAAAACUUUUGCUCAAAUGGAUGAAUUUUCAUCUCAAGAAAGCUGGUUAUGAGAAACAGGUCACCAAUUUCUCAUCUGAUGUGAAGGAUGGAGAGGCAUAUGCAUAUCUGCUAAAUGUUCUUGCCCCUGAACACAGUACAGAUGUGACAAUAGAGAUCAAAGACCCUUCAGAAAGAGCCAAGAAAGUCCUUGAGCAAGCAGAGAAGCUUGACUGUAAAAGAUAUCUUUCUCCAGAAGAUAUAGUGGAAGGCUCUGCAAAUCUUAAUCUUGCAUUUGUGGCACAACUGUUCCAUCAAAGGAACGGAUUUUCUGACGAGGGUGGUUCAAAGACACCUAUCUCUUUUGCUGAGAUGAUCACAGAAGAUGAAGAAACUUCUCGAGAAGAACGUUGCUUUCGCCUCUGGAUCAACAGUCUUGGUGCUGCUACUUAUGUCGAUAAUGUUUUCGACGAUGUUACAAACGGGUUGAAUUGCAACCAAGUGAUCAAGAUUGGUAAAGAAUUGCGAUUCUCGCUUGUUAAUGUAGCUGGUACUGACAUUGUGCAAGGAAACAAGAAGCUCCUUCUCGCGUUCUUGUGGCAAUUGAUGAGAUACACAAUGCUCCAGGUUCUGAAUAACUUGAGAUCUCACUGGCAAGGUGAAGAAAUUACAGAAGCAGAUAUUCUAAGCUGGGCAAAUAGGAAAGUCAAGAAAAGGGGUUUAACCUCUCAAGCAGUGAGCUUCAAGGACAAGAAUCUGUCAAAUGGAAUCUUCUUUUUGGAGCUUUUGAGUGCUGUAGAGCCAAGAGUUGUAGACUGGAGUCUUGUAACAAAAGGAGAAACUGAAGAGGAAAAGAAGUUGAAUGCAACAUACAUCAUAAGUGUUGCAAGGAAGCUUGGGUGCUCAAUUUUCUUGUUGCUUGAGGAUAUUAUAGAGGUAAACCAGAAAAUGAUGCUUAUAUUGGCUGCUAGCAUCAUGAACUGGAGCCUCCAACAACAAUCAGACACUGAGUCUAUAGUCUCUGAUGAUGGUGACGUAAGCUAUGUGAGAGAAGAUGGAUAUUCAAAUGCACAAAAUGAUGAUGAAGAUGUGAAACAAGUUUGA